GAAGGAUCGUCGUCGUCGCCGCCGCCACCGCUACCACCACCACGGUUACGCCACGACCGCGCGCGUUAGUAACGUUUCGGUAUCGCUACCGCGCGCAACCCGACGCUGUCUCCGCCGCCGAUGACGACGACGUCGUCAUAAUAUAUUUACCGAGGACAACACGCAGACCCUUGCGGACUUCCGAGACUCGCGGACUGCGAAUUUAUAUCGUCGUCGUGUAUUUCGUAAUAAUUCUAAACCAUCGAUCAAAAAAAAAUUUACUAUCAUCACUAUCGCCGCGAAUCAAAAUUUUUUUGCGGAUCGUUCCGUUCGCAUCGUCGCCGCGGUACAGUUCUGUCGGGGACUGCGAUCCCGAGACAGACGACUUCGCGCGCCUAUCUGCCGCGGAUAUUCGCGCGCAUUUCACAACGCUCUUUUAUAAUUUUAGAGAUAAUAUUAAUUUAGUUUCCAUGUGCGUCUGUGCGAGGUUUCGCGAUGGAUUUGAGUAGACCGCCGAUCCGGUAACUCGUCGUAUACCGGAAAUCUUCGUUUUCCGUGUUAUUAUCUGUAAAUUCUUCUCUCAAGAUUUAGCCAUGGAAGCAGGUAGUUCGGCUUGCGUGGCUUUGGCGUUUUUGGUCAACUACAAUACGUUAAAAGCUGGCUUUGUGUAUGAUGACAGUCGGGCGAUCGUUAACAAUCCGGACGUGACGCGAGCUGCGCCGCUGACCGACAUUUGGACCAACGACUUCUGGGGUACGCCGAUCGGGUCGAGCAGCUCGCACGGCUCAUACCGGCCGCUGUGCGUGGCUUCGUUCCGGCUGAACCAUUGGACAGGCGGCCUCGACCCAAAGGGCUACCACGCGGCCAACGUUCUGCUGCACUGCGCCGUCACGUAUCUGGUAUACGCCGUGUACCGGACGCUGAUGCCCGGCCGCCGUCCCGCUGCGGCCGCAGCCGUGUUUGCCGUCCACCCGGUGCACGCCGAGGCCGUAGCCGGUGUCGUGGGCCGCGCUGACUUGCUCGCCUGCCUGUUCUACCUGGCCGCGUUCCUGUGCUACGCGGCGCACGUCCGGCACCGGGACAGGACGCCAGACCCGCGGCGCCGCGUCGUGUGCUGCGACGCUGGCUGCCACCGCCGGACGUACCGACUGGGCUCGGCGGUGCGCACCGUCUUCGCUGCUUUGGGCCUGGGCACGUGCUCUAGCGAUCUGGACGGCCUGCCCGGCGGCGUCACCGAGUGCUGCGCGGUCCGAGAGUGGGCCUGCUUGGCGGCCACCGUGCUCAUGGCGGCCGCGUCCAUGUUGGCCAAGGAAACCGGCCUGACCGUGCUGGCCGUGUGCGCCGUCUACGACGUGCUGUUCGCCAGCAAGCAGUCGCCGAACAAGAACUCCGGAGGAAUGUACAGGACGCUGGCAAUCUUGUCUGGCGCGGCGGCCGGUCUGCUGUUCGCCAGGAUGUCGCUGAUGGGCGACAGCGGACCACCGGUGUUCGCGGCGGCCGACAACCCGACUGCAAAGUCGCCAAGCCUGGUGACGCGAACUCUGACGUUCCUCUACCUGCCCGCCGAGAACUUCCGGUUGCUCGUCUACCCCCGGAGGCUGAGCUUUGACUGGUCCAUGGACGCCAUCGCGCCCGUCACGUCUGUCUAUGACCCGAGGAACGCCCUGUCCGUCGCCCUGUACGUAGCCCUGUUUGCCGCGGCCAAGCGGUCCGCCGCAGCUGCGUCCAGGGCUAGGCUGCACCACAACCGACCUCACAGAUGUUGUUCAAAGACUAAGUACGAUCGCCCGGCCGACCGUGCCGAUGACCCGGCAAGGGCCGUGGGACUCGCUGUCGCCAUGACCGCCAUACCGUUCGUGCCGGUGUCCAACAUGUUUUUCUACGUGGGGUUCGUGCUGGCUGAGAGGGUGCUGUACAUGCCCAGCGUGGGCUACUGCUUCCUGUUCGGGUACGGUUACGCAGCGCUGGAACGCCGUUUAGGGCCUAAAUGGCCAAGGAUGGGGCUGAUGGUGGUGCUCACCGUGUACGGUGCCCGGACGGUCAUCAGGAACAACGACUGGCAGGACGACGAGUCGCUGUACCGAUCGGGUGUGCACAUCAACCCGCCGAAAGCCUACGGAAAUUUGGGCUCAAUACUGAGUAGUCAGGGUCGAUUGGACGAGGCGGAAACGGCGCUGAGGACGGCGUUACGAUAUCGACCGAACAUGGCAGACGUGCAUUACAAUUUAGGGAAUCUCCUGCGGGAAAAAGGCGACGCCGAAGCAGCCGUGUCGAGUUACAAAAAUGCGAUCAAGUACCGACCAUCGCUGGCAGUGGCGUACCUGAACAUGGGGCAGCUGUUGGCAACGAUGGGCCGAUGUGAGGAAGCGGAGUCCGUACUGAAACUAUGCAGUUCGUUGGACGGUUCGCAUUCCAAGGACCCUGUGAACCACGAGACCAGCAGGGUGUCGGCACUGGUCACAUUGGGUAAACUGCACGCCGAUCGAGGCAGGUACUCUGAUGCGGUGCAGGCUUACAAGCACGCAGUCACCAUACUGCCACCAUACUACAACUCUCGGGUACUGUUCAGUUUGUACGGCGACGCGUUGGCGCAACUCAACAGACACAGAGAAGCCGAAAUGUGGCACAAGGCGGCACUGGCAGUCGGGCCCGACCAUGUUCCGGCGCACUUGAGUUACGGGAAAUGGCUCGCAAAAAACAGAACGCGUAUUCACGAGGCAGAAAAUUGGUUUCUACGGGCAAAAAAAUUGGCUCCCGGUGACGCGUCCGUGUACAAACAUUUCGGAGUUUUUCUGCUGGAACAAGAACGGUACCCCGAAGCCGCGUCGCAGCUGGUGGAAGCUGUUGCACUGGAGCCCGAAGACUACGACCUCACAGUGACGGCAGCCACCGCGCUAAGGCAGGCGGGCGUGUCGCUCAGGGCAGAGGACAUGUACAGAAAGGCAGCCACACUCAGGCCACAAGACGCGAGCAGCCACAGCAACCUGGGAGCCAUGCUACACCUGAACGGCAAACACCGAGAGGCGUUAUCCAGCUACCAGAACGCACUGAGGAUAUCACCGGACGACCGGACCACGCUGGACAAUCUCAACAAACUGAGGAACGUGUUGCGGCGCAGGUCUAGAGCGGCGUGAUGACGACCACCGCGACGGACGUGAUAAUAAUUAUGAUAUUAUGUACUAUUAAUAUAGAUUAUAAUAUAAUAUGAGGAUAAUUUGACGACAACGACGAUGUGGUGCGGUUUUGUAUUUAAGACGUAAUUUUCUAUAUUUUUUUUUUCGUAUAUUAUAAUAUAUAUAUAAAUAUAUUUUAAAAAUAUUAAUCCUGUACAUAAUAUAUAGUGUAUA